AUGGGCCUCAUCACGCGAGCCAUCUCUCUCACCAACUUUGUCGUCGCCUCGUCUGCCCUCGGUUUCCAGGUCUUUGUCCUGUAUCCCUGGCACGAGACGCUGUCCCACGACUUUGAGGAGCUCAAGAAGGAACAUAUCCGCGUUCUUGAUUAUGUGAAGGGCGUCGACGCCGGCCUGAGAAAGGGACAAGGCGGCGCACCUGCUGGCCAGUCCAUUUUGGAGAGAUUGGGCUACAAAUGA